AACUGAAAUAAUUUCAUAACAAAAAAAUCAAUCAUACUGAUGUGGCAUUAGAUGUGCUGGCGCUGACCAUCUAUCGUAAAUCUAUCUUUAAUCUAGGCAUUGUUACAAAACUGCAAUGAGAAUACGUAGUAUCCAUUAACAUUGAAUUCAUAAUUCAUAUACAUUAAAUACCUAUGUGAAUGAAAAGAGAUGAAAACACUUCCGGUGUUCAGCUGUCUGUUAGCUGCAAGAUUAUUGUCGGCUAAAUUUUUACACAUAACUGAUUGCGAUGAAACCUACAAUUAUUGGGAACCGUUGCAUUAUCUGCUUUACGGAAAAGGUUUCCAAACAUGGGAGUAUAGUCCUCAGUACGGCCUAAGAUCGUACUUAUAUUUAAUGCUUAAUGCAAUUCCAGCUUGGUUCAUACAAAAGAUAUUAGACUUGGAAGCAAUUACUGUGUUUUAUUGUAUUCGAUGCUUCCUGGCAAUUGUUUGUGCUGCAUUGGAAGCAAUCAUGUUCAGAUCUGUGCUUCGAAAUUUUGGCUCCCUGGUUGCAAAACAAUGGCUAAUUUUCCAGAUAUUCAGUCCCGGGAUGUACAUAUCGAGCACAGCGUUUUUACCGAGUUCUUUUUCUAUGUUCGCGACUAUUGCAUUUAUUUCAGUUUGGUGGGAAAAUCAGUACAAAUUAGCAAUAUUAAGCGUUGCUGUUUCUACGCUUGUUGGUUGGCCGUUUGCAGCAUUUGUCAGUUUACCGUUUCUGUAUGAUGUUCUGGUUAGAAAACGCCUGUUUAGAAUGUUCGCAUUUUGGAGUUUUCUGUUUGCGACUGUUAUAACAGUUCCUCUAGCUAUAGUUGACUCGUAUUUUUACGGAAAGUUAACAUUUGCUCCUUUGAAUAUUGUCAUUUACAAUAUUUUUACACAACAUGGGCCAAACUUGUUUGGAGUAGAAUCAAAAUAUUUCUACUUCAUCAAUUUGUUUUUGAAUUUCAACGUUAUUUGGCUUUUUGCGUCGUUAUGCCCAAUGUUUUUCGCUACAAAAUAUGUGUUACAAAAACUAAACAAAUCAAAAGUGUCUUCGUUUGCAGCCUUAUGGAGAUUAUCACCUCUAUACAUUUGGAUGCUUGUAUUCUUCAUGCAACCGCAUAAAGAAGAAAGGUUUAUUUUCCCUGUUUACCCAUUGGUUUCACUGAGUGGUGCAUUGGCUGUAUCAACACUUCUGCAAAACAUCGACUUGGCCCUACGACGAUGUGGUAAAGGCGCGUUAGGAGCCACUCGUCUUAUGGUUACGUAUGGAGUAACUUUUGUGUUUAUCGUGCUAAGUCUAUCCAGAAUAUUCGCUUUGUAUGUUAAUUACCACGCUCCUAUGGAAAUCAGCUACAGCGUAGAAACGUCGCCUGUAGUAAAAAAUAUAUGUCUGGGAAAAGAGUGGCAUAGAUUUCCUGGAAGUUUUUUCGUACCAAACCACUAUCGAAUCAGAUUCGUGCCGACUCAUUUCAAUGGGCUUCUUCCGGCCUAUUUCGAAGAAAACGAACGAGGAAGUACGGUUGUGCAUGGCUAUUUUAAUAGUAUGAAUCAAAGGAAUGAUUACAUGUUAUUUGAACUUUCUAAUUGUGAUUAUAUGAUUGAUUUUGAUAAUGGAAAAAGUUUUUCACGAAACGAAAGUGAACCUAACUAUUCUAAAGAUAGUGCGAAUUGGACAAUAAUUCACAGUGUGCCAUUUUUGAACGCAUUAUCCUCGCAUAGCUUCUUUAGGGCUUUUCAUGUUCCAUUUGUAGGGCAUAAAUAUGUUAAGUUUGGGAAUUAUAAUCUACUAGUCCGGAAGACAUAGUAAACACAA